AUGUCCUCACUCUAUAAUUUCAAGAAGAUCGAGCCUGUGCCUACUUCUUCUGAUUUUGUCGACAUUAUCUUGUCCAAAACUCAAAGAAAGACUCCCACUGUCAUUCACAAGAAUUACAACAUUGGCCGUAUUAGACAGUUUUACAUGCGCAAGGUCAAGUUUACGCAAGAGAAUUUCGAUGAAAAGUUCAAGAACAUUUUGGACGAAUUCCCCAAGUUGGAGGAUAUCCAUCCCUUCUAUGCUGAUCUCAUGAACGUCUUGUACGAUAAAGACCAUUACAAGCUUGCCCUUGGUCAAGUCAACACUGCCCGUCAUUUGAUUGAUCAAGUUGCCAAGGACUAUGUUCGUUUGCUGAAGUUUGGUGAUUCACUUUAUCGUUGUAAGCAACUCAAGAAGGCUGCUUUAGGUAGAAUGGCUACCGUCAUGAAACGUCAAAAGGACAGUUUGGCCUAUCUCGAGCAAGUUCGUCAGCAUUUGUCUCGUCUUCCAUCUAUUGAUCCCAACACCCGUACUCUGUUGAUCUGUGGUUACCCCAACGUCGGUAAGUCUUCCUUCAUCAAUAAGAUCACCCGUGCUGAGGUGGAUGUGCAACCCUAUGCCUUCACCACCAAGUCUCUCUUUGUGGGCCAUAUGGAUUACAAGUACAUGAGAUGGCAAGUCAUUGAUACUCCUGGUAUCCUGGAUCACCCCUUGGAGGAGCGUAAUACCAUUGAAAUGCAAUCUAUUACUGCUAUGGCUCAUUUAAGAUCCUGCAUCAUGUACUUUAUGGAUCUCUCAGAACAAUGUGGUUACAGUGUUGAAGAUCAAGUCAAGCUGUUCAACAACAUCAAGCCUCUUUUUGCCAACAAGCCCAUCGUUUUGGUCAUCAACAAGAUUGAUCAAGUCAAGCCUGAGGAUCUCCCUGAGGAGCAAAGAAAGUGGAUCGAAGACAUUGCCAACGAAGAGAAUGCUACCGUUUUGACCAUGUCUUGCUAUAACGAUGACGGUGUCAUGAAUGUCCGUAACAGCGCCUGUGACAAAUUGUUGGCUGCUCGUGUUGAAAUGAAGAUGAAGGGCAACAAGAUCAACGAUGUCAUCAACAAGAUUCACUUGGCUCAACCUCAACAAAGAGACAACAUUGCUCGUCUUCCCAAUAUUCCUGCUGAAACCAAGACCCGUGUCAAGUAUGAUCCCAAUGAUCCCAACCGCCGUAAACUUGAGAAGGAUAUCGAAGCAGAGCAAGGUGGUGCCGGUGUGUAUAAUGUCGAUGUCAAGAAGAAGUAUCUUUUGGAAGAUGACGAGUGGAAAUACGAUACCAUUCCCGAAUUCCUUGAUGGUCAUAACGUUGCUGACUUUAUUGAUCCCGAGAUUGAAGAGAAAUUGGAGGCUUUGGAGAGAGAAGAAGAGCGUUUGGAGGCUGAAGGUUUCUAUCAAUCUGAUGAAGAAAUUUUGGAUGACGAUGAAGAGGUGCUUCGUACUGCUGCUGAUGCUAUCCGUGAUCGCAAGAAGCUGAUUGUUCAAGCUCAUCGUGCUGCUCGUGGCAGAACAAGACCCGUUUUGCCCAAGACUGCUGCUGCUAAAUUCACUACUGUGAGCGAAAUGGACAGACAACUUGCUAGUAUGGGUAUUGAUGGCACUGAUGCCUCUGAGCGUACGAGAUCUGCUGCUGAAAGCCGUAAGCGUACUCGUCACGAAGCUAUUGCCGAUGAGGCUGUCAGAGAUGCUGGUGCCAUGGACCGUGGUGAAUCUGAAGCACAAGAAAUUGCUAGCGAAGGUUUCCGUAAUGUCAAGCAAAAGUUGGAAGCUGACAAGCAAAAGAAGAAUGUUCAAAAGCAAAGCUCCAAGAUGGGUAAGCGUGGUGAAGCUGAUAGACAGAUUCAAACCAAGAUGCCCAAGCAUUUGUUCAGUGGCAAGCGUGGUAUGGGUUCAACAGAUCGUCGUUAA